AUGAAAACCACUCCUAGUAAAAUCCUAUUUGGUAUAGAUCAGCAUGGUGACUCUAAUGAUUUUCUGAGAUUGGUUUUAGAGGCUGAACAAACUAAGGAGAAUGAAGAUAGAGACUUAGAUAAGAUAAGGAACUCAGCUCAGAAAAAUACUCUUGAUGUUCAACUAAAGAAUAAAUUAUAUUAUGUUAAGUCACACAAAUUCCCUAAAAAGUAUGCAAUUGGUAACUAUAUUAUGAUCAAAAAUGUUGAUACAACUCCUGGGGUAAACAAAAAACACAUCCCCAAAUUUAAAGGCCCAUAUGAAAUUAAAAAAGUUCUCCCCAAUGAUAGGUAUGUAAUCCAAGAUAUUCCAGGGUUUCAGGUAACUCAAAUGCCUUUUAAUUCUGUGUAUGAAGCUAGGAAUAUGAAACCAUGGAUUAAAAUGUAA